AUGGUGAGGAGAAGCCGGAGACGGAAGCUGCCAAAAUUCACCACCGGGCUGUGCGGACGGGAGGAGGGGCUCAGGGUGAAGCGGAGCUGCCCUUCUUGUGGCCCAGAGCCUGGGGGUGAAGAGAAGGGGAGAGGGAACCCAAUUUCUUUCCAGUUGUUCCCCCCAGAGCUGGUGGAGCACAUCAUCUCAUUCCUCCCAGUCAGAGAUGUAGUCGCCCUAGGCCAGACCUGCCACUACUUCCACGAAGUGUGCGAUGCUGAGGGUGUAUGGAGACGCAUCUGUCGCAGGCUCAGUCCACGACUCCGAGAGCAGGGCUCUGGGGUCCGGCCCUGGAAGAGAGCGGCCAUUCUUAACUACACAAAAGGCCUGUAUUUCCAGGCAUUUGGAGGUCGCCGCCGAUGUCUCAGCAAGAGUGUGGCCCCACUGCUAGCCCAUGGCUACCGCCGCUUCUUGCCCACAAAGGACCAUGUCUUCAUUCUUGACUACGUGGGAACCCUCUUCUUUCUCAAAAACGCCCUGGUCUCCUCCACCCUUGGCCAGAUCCAGUGGAAGCGGGCCUGCCGCUAUGUUGUAUUGUGUCGUGGAGCCAAGGAUUUUGCCUCAGACCCAAGAUGUGACACAGUUUACCGUAAAUACCUCUAUGUCCUAGCCACUCGGGAGCAGCCUGGAGUGGUAGGCACAACUGGCAGCCGGGUGUGUGACUGUGUUGAGGUCUAUCUGCAGUCCAGUGGGCAGCGGGUCUUCAAGAUGACAUUCCACCACUCCAUGAGCUUCAAACAGAUUGUACUCGUUGGUCAAGAGACCCAGCGGGCUCUGCUGCUCCUCACAGAGGAAGGAAAGAUCUACUCUUUGGUAGUGAAUGAGACCCAACUGGACCAGCCCCGUUCCUAUACAGUUCAGCUGGCCCUAAGGAAGGUGUCCCGUUGCCUACCUCAUCUGCGUGUGGCCUGCAUGGCUUCCAACCAGAGCAGUACCCUCUACAUCACAGACCAGGGGGGAGUGUAUUUUGAGGUGCAUACCCCAGGGGUGUAUCGUGAUCUCUUUGGGACCCUUCAAGCCUUUGAUCCCCUGGACCAGCAGAUGCCACUUGCUCUCUCACUGCCUGCCAAGAUCCUUUUCUGUGCUCUUGGCUACAAUCACCUCGGCCUGGUGGAUGAAUUUGGCCGAAUAUUUAUGCAAGGAAAUAACAGAUAUGGGCAGCUGGGAACAGGGGACAAAAUGGACCGAGGAGAACCCACACAGGUACAUUAUCUGCAACGCCCCAUUGCCCUGUGGUGCGGCCUCAACCACUCCCUGGUGCUGAGCCAGAGCUCGGACUUCAGCAAGGAGCUGCUGGGCUGCGGCUGUGGGGCUGGGGGCCGCCUUCCCGGCUGGCCUAAGGGAAGUGCCUCCUUUGUCAAGCUCCAUGUCAAGGUCCCUUUGUGUGCCUGCUCCCUCUGCUCCACCCGAGAGUGCCUCUACAUGCUGUCUAGCCAUGACAUCGAGCACCACCCCUCCUAUCGGGACCUCCCAGCCAACAGGGUGGUGGGGACUCCAGAGCCCAGCCUGGGGGCUGGAGCACCCCAGGACCCUGGGGGGGCGGCCCGGGCCUGCGAGGAGUACCUCAGCCAGAUCCACAGUUGCCCCACGUUGCAGGACCGCAUGGAGAAGAUGAAGGAGAUUGUGGGCUGGAUGCCCUUGAUGGCUGCACAGAAGGAUUUCUUCUGGGAGGCCUUGGACAUGUUGCAGAAGGCUGCUGGAGGGGGAGGCUCAGGCCCCCCAACCCCUGAGAGCUGACCCCCCCCCCCAGCCUUACCCCUGGAGGGAGUCUGGCCCUGGGCCAGGGGUCUAAGGAGAGCUGGAGUGGCAGCAAUGAACACUGUGUGUGCAUGGGGUGGGGUUGCAGGGUGGUGGGAACUGCCAGACUUGCCAGGGUAGGGCAGGAAACUGUUUUGUAAAAUGUUCGGGGGCUGCCCAGGAGGGGCCCCCCAACCUGACUAUCAUGGACAAGAGAUUUGAUGGACAAAUAGAAUAAAAGGCUGAAGCAAG